AUGACCAAGCUGCUGCUCGUCACCUUCCUCGCCACGGCGUCGGCCCUCAAGGUGGCCGGCGGCCCCGUUGUGCCCCAGCCCGCCGUCAAGCCGUCCUCGACGUCGACCGCCCUCCAGCUGCGCGGCGGCGGCAUGGUCGACCAAGGCGUGUGGCUCAAGGCGGCUUCGGCCUUCUUCGGCUUGUACGGCGUCGGCUUCCUGCUCGCCCCAGAGAUGACCAUCACCCAGAACUUUGUCGUCACGCCCGACAAGUACCACUCCUUCUUCGCACGCAACAUUGGGCUGUGCAUCCUGUACACGGUGUAUCUGCUCAACUACAAGAUGGACGUUGCGGCAGCUGUGCCCGCGCUGGUCGCGUACAUGGCCAUCUGCGCUGUCGUCGGCCCGGUGUAUGCCGAGCUCAAGCUGGAGACCACGCCGGCGCACAAGGCCGCCCUGCUCAUGGUUCCGUUUAUCGUGACCGGGCUGCUUGCGCUUUAAGCCCGGUCAUACUCUCGCACGUGUGCACAACGCUCUGGUGAGUCAAGUGGAGCGCUGGCGACACAGUGUGCGGACCUCUCUCGAGCUGGCUCCUCAUCCUCUGUGACUGUGUACGUUGAGUAUGAGAAAAUCAGUAGUUUGCA